AUGCUGAUCACGCUGUCCUACGUGUACUUGUGGCUGCGUUUCCAUCGGACCUACCCUUCGCUCAUCCGGGAGACUGUACUCCGGCUGCAGCGCGGACCCCGGAACCUGGCCCUGUGCUUCUGCCGGGGCCCCUCAACAGCAGCAUCACAGCGGCCCCUGGAUGAGGAGGAGGGACUGGGGCUCUUCCUCCAGCGGGGGGACUGCACGGUGUACGUGACCGAGCCGCAGGUGGGACACUGGACACGCACAGAACCAAGCGCGGUCACCCCCCAGGAGGAGGUCACCCCCCAGGAGGAGGUCAUGCAGGGCCCGUUGUGUUGGAUCUUUCCCAGGUUACAUGGGGUGCGCUCUGACCUCAGCAGCUGGACAGUCCUGCACCCUUCCUCUGCUCCUCUCACUGACCACAUCUCCUUCAUCAUCGAGGCCACAGCCCACAGAGCUCCUCCCGCUCACAAACACCAGGUGGGAUGGUCGGACCUGUGCGUUCCUCUGGCCCACUGCCCCAUGGUCCCGGGGCAGCCGUACCAGGCCCUGGCCCAGGCCUCAGUGGAGGACUUCAGCCGCUUGGGGGUGGCCUUCCUGGAGGAGCGGCUGCAGCUGGAGGCCCCUCUGUGGCCCUCCAGGAUCCUGCCGGUGUGUUUGGAGCCCUCGGUCCUGGCUGCGUUACAGAAGCAGGUCCCUCAGUGCCUCCUGUCUGUGGACCAGGCCCCUCUCCUCUGUCGCACCAGCAGCCUCCCCCCGGAGCCACGCCCACACAGCCUCUACCUUCCCCCGGACCUCUCCCCCCUCGGCCGGGACGAGCGCCGCGCCUCUGAGCCUCUCCUCUGCCCCCCCCAGAGCCAGCAGCCAGGGGGCCACAUGGAGGAGCACGGGCACGGGCCCCUGCACCUGGCCAGCUGCCACGAGUGUCUGGAGCUGGAGAACAGCACCAUCCUGUCUGUGAAGUACGCGUCUGCAGAGAACAUCCCCGAGCUGCCGGACGACGGAGCAGGAGACGGCGGCAGCGACAGCGGAGCAGCAGAGAUCCCAGAGGACUACUGUUCCAGCGCAGACGCUAACUCCAAACCCCCGAACGUGCUGAUCUACACGGGGGAGAGCGAGGCGCGCUACCGGAGCGUCCAGCGGCUCCUGUCCACGCGCAUCAGUGCAGAGAAGUACCUGCUGUACCGCCUGAUGCCGCAGCAGGCCCUGAGCGACCCCUGGCUGGAGCAGUGCUGCCUCCUGGUGGUGGCGGAGGACGCGGAGGACCAGCCGCUGUCGGACCACCUGCAGACGCGCUUCCUGACCUUUCUGAGUGCGGGGGGCCGGGUCCUGGGUCUGUGCUCGGGUCUGUGUCCCGCGGGGGUCGCCCUGGUCCAGCAGCAGCACCAGCACCAGCAGCAGCACCAGCAGCAGGACCAGCGGAGGACCAUGCGCUUCACCCGCGAGGACAGCAGCAGCCUGGAGCUCCGUGUGCAGACCAGCGACAGGCUCUACGCCCGCGACGUGAGGGGAGGGGGGGAGGUGGAGCUGUGGGGGGAGCUAAGCGGGGGAGGGAUGGCGGUGAUCCGCGUCACGCACGGAGACGACGGGGGAGAAGCCGUGCUCUGUCAGGUUCGCCUGGAGGAGGCCCCAGAGGACCCUGAGGGGCUGGAGGUCCUGGAGGAGAUCCUGAGCUCUCUGGGAGUGAGCUGUGAGCCCUGCGAGGCCCCCAGAGCCAGCCCUGUGCACCUGCUCUCCACCUCCACGGAAGCAAAGAGAUCAUUUGUUGCGUGGCUGAGGACCCAGGCUGACGACCGGGGCCUGCUGCGCCUGCCCAAAGCCUGCCUCAGACUGGUGUCUUGCUCAGAGGCAGGGGCAGAGCUGGACCCUGUGGAGGGGCCGGUGUCUCUGCUGUGGGACAGCUCUGAGGCCCCGUGUCCAGAGAGCUUCAGCCUGCAGACGUACCGCUCCCAUCUGAGGACCAAGCAGCUGGGCCGGACAGUCCUGUACGCGGACGUGGUCUCCUCCACCAUGGACAUGCUGGACGGGUGGAACAUAAGACUUCCCUCUGAUGUGGGUCUGGUGGCGGUGGCAGCGCGUCAAAGUCAAGGGCGAGGGCGCAGCAGGAACGGCUGGCUCAGUCCUCUGGGAUGUGCCAUGUUCACAGUCUGCCUGCAGGUGUCGCUGUCGUCCCGUCUGGGUCAGAGGAUCCCCUUCCUGCAGCACCUCAUGGCGCUGGCCGUGGUGCUGGCCGUGCGGACACUGCCGGGUUACGAGGACGUGGACCUCAGGGUGAAGUGGCCUAACGACAUCUACCACAGCAGUGGGCAGAAACUGGGCGGGGUGCUGGUCACCUCCACCGUCCUGGGCUCCUCCUUCCACCUCCUCGUUGGCUGUGGCUUUAACGUGACCAACAGCAGUCCCACCGUCUGCAUCAACGACCUGGUGCAGAGACACAACCUGGAGACCGGCAGCUCCCUGGGGCCCCUGAGCACCUCGCAGCUCAUCGCCCGCUCCCUCACCCAGCUGGAGGAGCUCGUGUCCCGCUUCCAGAGCCAGGGCCCGGACGCCGUGCUGCCCGCCUACUACAGCCACUGGCUCCACAGUGGGAGCAGGGUGCGUCUCUGGAGCGAGGAGGGCCCUGAGGUGGAGGUGGUGGGACUGGACCAGAACGGUUUCCUGCAGGUGCUCUGUCCCGAGCGCGGCCUGCUGUCCCUGGAGCCCGACGGGAACUCCUUCGACAUGCUCAAGAACCUGCUGGUCAUGAAGCACCACUGA